AUGGCGCCCAUUGCCGUCGAGGACGUGGUGCAGACGGCCGUGGUGUCCAAGAGGGCCAACGGGGCGUCGAAUGGCGAGAUGACAAAACCAACACUUGCACGUUGUGAUGCUAACGAUCCAGCCACGACGACCGAGCUCCUCGUCUCGAUUAUUGAACGAGAUGGCGGUGUGAUCGUGCAGAACCUCAUCUCUAAGGAACUGGCCACACGGAUCAAGACCGAGCUGAAGCCUUAUUUCGACACAGACAAAGUUGAUCCGUCAGGCUUCUUCCCCCAUACCACGCAGCGUGCCACCGGCCUCCUGGCGCGGUCGGAUGGCUGCGUCGAACUGGCAAUGAAUCCUACAUAUAUCGACGUAGCCAACAAGAUGAUUUCUUCCACGUAUACGUACUGGAACGGACAACAGCAAGAGACGGUCUAUGCGAAACCGAUUAUAUCCUCGACGGUCGGCUUCCGAGUAAACCCGGGUGGACGGCAACAGGCCCUGCACCGCGACGACGGUGAUUACCACACUCGUAACUGCGACAUGCCCAUGAUGCUGGGUUGUGUGACGGCGUUGACCAAGACCACGGCGGAAAAUGGUGCCACGAUUGCUAUCCCCGGUUCGCAUCUCUGGGGUCCAGACCGCUGCCCCUAUGAUCACGAGGCGAUUCCAGCUGAAUUGGAACCCGGGGAUGCCUUCAUCUUCGUUGGUAAUCUUUAUCACGCCGGAGGAGCUAAUAUCACCAAGGAUCAAGCACGCGAGACGGUGGGAAUCUUCCUGUGCAAGCCGUAUUACCGCCCGGCGGAAAAUCAAUUCUUGAUGGUGCCCCCUGAAAAGGCGAAGCGACUGCCUCCCCAAGCGCAGAGGUUAUUGGGAUACGGAAUCAGUCGUCCUGCCGUCGGAUUCAUGGAAUACCAGGACCCAAUGCGAGUCCUUUUUGGCGUCGAGGACGAGGAGACGGUCGAUAUGUGA